CGUGCGAUCACAUACCAUCGCGAAAUCGACACAAAUCAACAAGCAUACCAAUAAUACACUGUGCACAAUUCCACUCAUAUCAGGCAUAGCUGUCAUACGUUUGAGACGUUAACUGUUCGAAACUAUCGCUGCAGAGAAGAUCUCCAAUUUCCAGUUGCUGUUUUGUGCUUCCAGUUGCAGAAGAAACGAAACAGAGCAUGGUGGGCUGGGUGACAAAAGUAAUAGCUUUGGCGACAUUACAAUAUAUCGCUCCAUCGUAUGGCUCUCCAUUGCCACUGGACGUCGACUCUAUUAAUGGAAACUACUUAGAUGCGGGCUCGUUUGCCCCUGCAGACGUCGUUUCAGAUCUGGGGGCAGUCGAAGGUCUGAACGAGGAUGAGAAGCUGCAGCAAAUUGGAAAUUAUCUGACCGAGUUGCUGCUGCUGCCUUGGAACGGGAAAGGAUUGCCGAUACUUUACGUGGAGGACGAGUCGGAGGACAGAAGUAUUUAUGACGGAAUGGAUUAUUCUCAAGGUUUUGAUCAAGAGAUGGCCCAUAGAGCGCCCUUAAAGAGAUCCCGAUUCUACCGCAAAUAUCCGUGGAAGAGGCAGAACGCCAGGGCUUACGACGCCGAAAAUCGUUACUUGUGUCAGCCCAGCAAGGACGAUGUCUUUCGAUUAAUUAUCGCUCUGCACGACACGCGCGUUGGCAGCAAAGGAAGAACCAUCAACUUCUGCAACAGGAAGCGACCGGCCACCGUAAUCUUCAGCAACAUCCGGUUCCUCGGCUGAAACGAAUUGCACGCAUACACAGAAGAAGAAAAAACGACUGAACUCCCGAAAAUAUAGGAAAUAUUUAUUUUUCUCGAAUCUAAGACAGUAUUAAAAUGUUUAUGCAUAUCGUAAAUAAUCAGUCCAUAAUUAAGCGAAAUAUAAAUAAUAAUGAUGAUGAUUCCUCACACGUAGAAAGCUUCGUUUCUUAUUUCAAAUCUAAAUCCUUAAAGACUGUUUUCAAUGUUUCUCUCGAUGUACAAGUUUCCUUUAAAUAACUUACUGUAUAUUAUAUAAUAACUAUGCGUAUAAAUGAGAUAGUUACGAGUUUCCAGAUUACAGAAUAAAUUUGUUAUCACAUGUUAUCUCUUUGAAUUCAAUGUUCUCAACUGUAGCGGCAUUCCUGAAUUUUAACUCCAGCUUGUCUGUUCCAUUAUAUGGCACGUCUGCACAAGAACGUUAUUUAAUCUUACUGAAAAAAAUAUAUCCUUACUUAUACUUACAUAUUGUACGUGGUGUAAUAGCGUUGCACUCGAGAACUUCACUUUUAUUCAAAAUAUAGUUGCAAAAUGAUUCACUGGUGUUUGACGAUUUCAAAUUCAUUACUACUCCGCACACAUCUAAAACUCCCACAUCCUACAUUUAGAAAGAAAAAUCAAAUCUAACGAAAAUCAAUUACCUUUCAAAUCUUUCCUCAAAAUCACGUUUACUUCAUCCACAACUUCCACUUUCUUAAAACCACCUUCAUUGGUAGCAUUAUCAAACAAAAGCAAUCUUUGCGCCGGAGGAAUUAUAUCUACAAGAAAUUAAAAAGUUUACUACAAACUAUUGAUACUUCAAUUAUUAUACCGCAGCCCUCAAUUUGCUGACCGCUUAGGUGUAAUUUUAAUCCUGUCUGAGCUUGCGACGAAACUUUAUUAUAGAGAAUCUCAAUUGAUCCCUCCACAAAUUCCAAACUUACUAAAAUUAAAAUCAAUUAUAAUCAUUAAUUAAUAUCCAAUUAUGUAUUCACUCACAGGUUCUGCCAGCUAAGUU